AUGACAACGCACAUCGCCGACAGUGAGCACAUCGAGGUCGCUUCCAACAACGGCGUCGACACACCAGUCACCGACGGGUCCCAAAAGUCCGAGGACGAUGCCAGCACGGCCGAGAAGAUCAUUAUUGGCAUGGUGGCUGACACCAAGGACGUAUUUGCCAAGUUCGAUGCCGACGGAAACCGAUCCUGGUCGGACAAACCACCGACCGACCUCGAAGAAGCGCCUGAGAAUGAGACGACGCAAAAAUACGCAAUUAUAGUCCGCAAGAAGAAGCCCAAGCGAGCUAGUUCAACCAAACCUCUCGAGAUUGACAGCCUCAUCAUCCAAUCACCACUGUUGAAGAACGCGUUGGGGGAUAUCCUGCAAGGUUAUCCUGGAAUCACCACCGAUGUCACGCGCCUCAAGUUCUACGCGCCAUUCGAGUGCUUUGUCCAUCGUUGGGAAGAGUUGGAAGAAGCUAUUGUUGACGAGGACCGCGACGCCACUACCCGUGAACACUUGCAACUGCUCCACAAGAUUCUCACCGACGACCUUGGUGCUACUAUUCAGCUGAGGAAGGACUACUUUAAAAAUAAGGCUACCGACUUUGAGCAUUCCUGGUUUCUAUUCACGCCCGGGUGCACUAUCCUGACGCAGCUACAUGGCCAGACGAUUGCUGCUCGAUUCAAUAGCGGGAGCUACGUCGAAACCCAGUGCGGUCCAAUCUACUCUAUCAAUUGUUCCUAUGUUGACUGGGACGGCGUGCGAGUUGGGUGGGUUGAAAAAACAGCUGCCAUUUCGCAGUUCGCCGGCACAAAGCCCUUUUCUAAACUCAGCUGCUACCCGCUGGAAUAUCACCCUCAACGCGCAGUCAUUGAGGAAGACUUGCGUCGUCGCGGUCGCCGCUGGGAAGCUUUGCGAGGGUUUCGCUAUAAAGCUUACGAUGGCAUUGCUUUGUACUCCCCGGAUCAAAAGACACUCAGCCGCGAGAGAACCAGUUGCCGCAUCGUCCUGGAUGGCGCGCGAUGGGAGGACGCGAACCCAAACCAUCUGAUAUACCUUGAGACAAUUCACGAGGUGGAUCAAAGCCAGGCCGACUACGAAAUGCCCCCGCUCAAUAACUACCACGUCUUGUUGACUUCGCCAAUGGUGAGAGGCUAUGCAUUGAAGAAUAAACGCUGGAUGCAGUUCUUCGUCGACGGCGUGCACGAGAUUGAGUUUCACGAGGGCGCCUUUAAAUCUCUCGUGCUUUCGGAAGAGCGGAAGAAAUUGAUUCUCGCGUUCGCUGAAAGCCAAGUCAAGCACCGGGACUCCUUUGACGACGUUGUAAAGGGCAAAGGCCGGGGAAUCAUCAUGCUGCUUUCUGGUGGCCCGGGCAUUGGCAAGACGCUUACGGCUGAAGUCGUCGCCGAGCAGAUGCGCGUGCCUUUGUACACAAUGAGCGCUGGAGAUCUCGGAAGCUCGUCCGACGAUGUCGAUGAAAACUUGAGCAAACUGAUGAGCAUGGUCAGUAAUUGGAACGCCGUGCUGCUGCUUGACGAGUGCGACGUCUUUCUGGAGGAGCGGACCGCUGCGGACCUGGAGCGAAAUCGCAUCGUGUCCAUUUUCCUCCGGACGCUGGAGUACUAUGAAGGUAUUUUGUUCCUCACGACGAAUCGCAUUGCCAAUAUGGACGCCGCUUUCCAAAGCCGCAUUCAUCUAACUUUGGAAUAUCCGAAUCUUGACGCUAUGGCUCGCCACUCCAUUUGGACAACCUUCUUGGAUCGCGCGACUGGCGAUGACGGGAGUGGCAAGGGAGAUAUCGACGAGAACGCCCUAUCUACACUGAGCGCAAUUGAUCUGAAUGGCCGGCAAAUCAAAAACAUCAUGAAGAUGUCACAGCUGCUUGCUAUGCAGACCGGCUCUAGUCUCUCAUUUGAACAUGUAAAGACUGUCCUGCGGAUACAAGGCCAUGCGGUCCACGGGAACUAG